CAGAGAGGCACAGCCUACCUCCAUUGGAAAAUUCGUAUUUGACAUACGCCCCGCCCCCUGCCACAAGUCUCAGCCAAUCACCUGCCUCCCCGCCACAGCGAGCGGACUGGGGUGACGCAGCUAGUUUUAUCCGGACAGCCGGGAGGGCGGGCAGAGGAAUAAAAACAAAUCCGUGCCAGAGCGAAGGAGGCGGGGUAUAAAGCCGGGCUCACGCUUUACGUCCCCGCGCAAGAGACAGCCAGGCGUGAGUGGGCACCGGGAAACUUCCGUCGGUCAUCCCGGGUCUUAUCGUCCUCAUUUGUCGGUUGAUGCAGCGCCUGCGGGUCUAAACUAAAGGCAGAAAAGUGGAGGCGCCAAAGAUGCCGCAGUCUAAGUCGCGGAAGAUCGCCAUCCUCGGGUACCGCUCCGUGGGGAAGUCUUCACUAACCAUCCAGUUUGUUGAAGGACAGUUUGUGGACGCCUAUGAUCCAACAAUAGAAAACACAUUUACCAAACAGAUAUCAGUGAAUGGACAAGAUUACCAGCUCCAAUUAGUUGAUACUGCUGGACAAGAUGAAUUUUCAAUUAUUCCUCAGACCUACUCCAUAGACAUUAAUGGAUACAUCCUUGUAUACUCGGUCACCUCCAUCAAAAGUUUUGAAGUGAUUAAAGUUAUUCAUGAGAAACUGUUGGAUAUGGUGGGCAAAGUCCAGGUUCCUAUAAUGUUGGUUGGAAACAAAAAAGACUUGCACAUGGAAAGAGUGAUCAGUUUUGAAGAAGGCAAAGCCCUAGCAGAGUCAUGGAAUGCAGCUUUCUUGGAAUCUUCAGCUAAAGAGAAUCAGACUGCUGUUGACGUGUUUAAAAGAAUAAUCUUGGAAGCAGAAAAAAUUGAUGGUGUAGGUUCACAAGGGAAGUCUUCCUGCUCCGUAAUGUAAUUCCACUACAUAAGCUGCGGACACUGGGAAUAUAUUCUACUUGAAUAAGCAAACUGCCUGUUCUACUUUAAAACUAGGCUCUUCUGGUAACCGCUCCCCCCUCCCAGCAGAAGUGUAAAUGCUAGUAAAGCCUUGAGACCUCUUCUGGGAUUGGAAAGGUUACACUGAUAAGAUAGGGAUGGUCACAGCCGCCUUUUUGUUUUCUUUUUCUUUUUAUUCAGAUUCUUUAAAAAUCUGACUUCUGUGCAGAUACCUUACCAUAUUCAACUCUUCAAUCACACAUUUUCAAUUUGUAUAUCAUAUUUCUUAAAAUGGCCAAUACUUUUACUGGCAUUAAUUUUUCAGUGUAGUUUGUUUAUAAUGUAAUCACUUAAAUGAUACCUAUUGUUACAUUACCCUUAACCAGGCUUGAACGUCAGUGUUUCUUUCUCUGUUCAGUGUAAACUUGUAAAUAAAACCGCUGCAGACCUUG